GAAGUCAUCGUCAGUAAAACAACAACGCGCCAAAUUUGUGCAAAAUUCUCUGUUGUCGCAGACGCAAGACACAUGAAAAAAAAGUUUGUGCUAAAAUAUUUGGAAAACGCUGCUGCUCGAGCAUGGCUGUGCCUUUUGUGCAAGACUGGGACCUUGUUCAGACGCUGGGAGAAGGAGCCUACGGAGAGGUGAGGCUGCUGGUGAACCGACAGACGGAGGAGGCGGUCGCCGUGAAGGUGAUCGACACGUCUCAGGCUAAAGAGUGUGCAGAAAACGUCAAGAAGGAGGUCUGCGUCCAUAAAAUGCUCAACCACGCCAACAUCGUGCGUUUCUUCGGCCAUCGGAAGGAAGGUACGACGAUGUAUCUGUUCCUGGAGUACUGCACCGGAGGAGAGCUGUUCGACCGCAUCGAGCCUGAUUUGGGGAUGGUGGAGAAAGAAGCUCAUCGACUUUUCCAGCAGCUAAUCGCGGCGGUGGAAUACCUCCACGGCGUUGGCAUCACACACAGAGACAUAAAGCCAGAGAACAUCCUGCUGGAUGACAAAGAUAACCUCAAGCUGACAGACUUUGGCCUGGCCACCAUGUUUCGUUUCAAAGGACGAGAGCGUCGUCUGAGUCGUCUCUGUGGGACUCUUCCGUACGUGGCCCCGGAGCUCCUCGGCCAGGCCGAGUACAAAGCUCAGCCUGCAGAUCUCUGGGCGUGUGGGAUUGUCCUCACUGCCAUGCUGGCUGGAGAGUUGCCAUGGGAUCAGCCGACUGUGAGCUGUCAGGAGUAUUCAGACUGGCUUCAGAAGAAAUCAUACCUUUCUCCUUGGAAGAAAAUACAACCAAUGCCUCUAAGUUUGUUGUCCAAGUUACUGCUGGCCAGUCCAGACGCACGCCUCACCAUCGCCGACAUACAGAAAGACCGCUGGUUCACUCAAGGUGUAAAGCAAGCGCCUCCGGGCUCCAGAGGAAACAAACUUCUCCGCUCGGACGUGGGACUCGCGUCGCACACAAACAGCGACGACAGGAUGCAGUUUUCCAGCUCUCAGCCGGAUUUUGCGGCAGGUGGCUGGGAAGCCAUGUUGAUCAUCGGCCAGAGCGAGGGCCAAGUCAGCUUCUCCCAGCCGACCAAGCCGGAGCACAUGCUGCUGGGUAGUCAGCUGCUGGGCACGCCGGGGGCCAGUCAGUCGCAGUGGCAGCGGUUGGUGCGGCGGAUGACUCGAUUCUUCACCACGGUGAACGCCGACGUCUCCUUGUCCGCCCUGAAAGACGCCUGUGACAGCCUGGCGCUCGGCUUCAAGCUCACCUGCACCAAUCAGGUGACCUUGAGCACGCUGGACAAACGCAAUAACAAACUCAUCUUCAAAGUCCACCUGCUGGAGAUGAACCGCCGAGUGCUGCUGGACUUCAGGCUGUCGAAGGGCGACGGUCUGGAGUUCAAGCGUCUGUUUGUGAAAAUAAAGCAGAAGCUCGUCGACAUCAUCAGCACCCAGAAGAUUUUACCGCCCGUCGUCUGAGAGAACCUCGACGUGGACCUGCAGAACCUGCAGAACCUGCAGAACCUGUUCUACUGACGUUUUAAAUGUUUCCUUCAGUUCUCGUCGUCUUUGUGUGUUUUCUUGCACUUCUAUUCUUGUGAGGACCGAUUCAGUGUUCAGUGGUACGCACACAUCGUGUGUGUGUGUGUGUGUGUGUGUGUGUGUGUGUGUGUGUGUGUGUGUGUGUGUGUGUGUGUGUGUGUGUGUGUGUGUGUGUGUGUGUGUGUGUGUGUGUGUGUGUGUGUGUGUGUGUGUGUGAUUUGUUCUGAUUGUUUAACAUGAUACAAGUCUUGAAUAAAUUAUAUUUAAUAAAUAACGUUGUAUGCUAAAUGUUUUUUUCAAUAGAUUAUACAUUUACACUACCGGUCAAAAGCUUUAGAACACCGACAUUUCUCCCAGUUUUUAUUGAAAUGUGCACUUUCUCAAUGUACUCUGAAAUUAAAGCAUAGAACAAAUAAACAAUUGGAAAUAAAUAAA